AUGGCGCACGGCAAAGUAACGCCCCACGGCAAAGAGGCCAUAAAGGCGCACGGCAACGACGGCUUUGCCGUGCGGGCCAACCCUUUGCCGUGCGUGUUUGCACGGCACAGAGUGCACGGCAAAGCGGUUGGUGCACGGCGAAGGUCAAUAAGCGCACGGCAAAGCUAUUUGCGCACGACAAAGAACUCUUUGUCGUGCAAAGCACACGGCAAAGCCGCGGCGCACGGCAAAGGGCCUGGCAACCCUAUCCACGCGCUGGCUCGACCGGCCGCUCCACAGCCAUACAAACACAUGCUCCUCUCCCAGCUGCUACCCAGCACGCGCGCCGCCGCCUCGCCCUGCCUCCCGUCGCGCCGCCGCCAACGCCGCCGCCCUUCCCCCCACACGCGUGCCGCCGCCUUGCCCUGCUUCUCCCGUCGCGCCGCCGCCUCGCCCUGCCCCCCACACGCGCGCCGCAGCCGCCUUGCCCUACCUCCCGCCUCCCUCCGCCUCGUCGCGCUGCCCCGGCCGCCUCCGUCCGGUUCCCUCCGCCGCCUCGUCGUCCCCUCCCGCCUCGCGCCGCCUCAUCCUGCUCGUCGGCCCGCGCCGCCGCGCAGAUUGCCCCCCAGCCGGCCCACGCCGCCUCAGCCCUGCUGCCGGCCCUCCUCGCGCAAGCACGGGAGCGCGACCGGCCCGACGCCCCCACACCGCCUUGCCCUGCUGCUGGCCGGCUCCGGCGCCUCCCGCGGCCUCGCCCCUCCAAUGGCGACAGGUGUCUAG